AUGGCACCAGUUGAUCCAUUAACGGUCCAACAUGGCACCCGCCUAGUCGCUCAAGUUAGAGUUGUUGUCCAUACCUUGGAUGCUGCUGGGGCUACUAUAAGCGAUAACCAUUGGUCUAUCUAUCUGGUUCUUGCAGACAAUAUUGGCUCUAUUAGCAUCAAUAUGAGGGCAGAGUCAAUCGAAGGACUUAACAUGCAAAUUGCAUGA